AUGAUACCCCAAAUGAGCGCAUGUGCGUAUGCAGUAAUAUUGUAUGUUGGUCGUGCCUGCAGCAACCGAUCAAUGAAGAAGGCAGGAGCUGCGGUCGACGGGGGAGAGGAGAAGGAAGACCGUCGUCUCCCCCUCCUCCUCAUCGGACGGUCGCUGCUGCGCGGCCUGCUCGACAAGAAUCGAGAGUCGAAAGCAGCACGAUGCGUUCUGCGUGAACCGCGUAUGCCGUCCAGGGAUCGCGUCAUGGGCCAUCGUCGAUCGUUGCGAGUGUUUCCUUCGCCUUCCAGCACCAACAGCACGUACCCCUACCGCAUUGACCAAUCCUCCUCGUGGAGCGAGGUGCGAGUAUUAUCGUACUUGUACUGCAACCAGCCUCGCGUCCCCCCAUCUUCUCUCCCCACGUCUGUCGAGAUCGUCGUUUUCCUUCUCCGGUCCAGUCCAGUCCAGUCCAGUCCGGUCCAGUCGAGCCAGAUAAAGAUGCAUCCUACCGCGUGGCUUUCGUUCGCUCUCGUCGGCUUAGCCGUCGCCACCCCCCAUGGGCAGCAUGAGCAUGUGGAGGACUCCGCCGUGGACAAGACUCCGCUGCCUUCGCCUCUCAACUCGCCAACACCAUCCAUCACCGGGACGUGCAGGGGUCACGGCAACCACUGGCACUGCCCAGACGGCGUGCCCGAGCCCACGACGCCUCCCGCUCAGAAAACGACGACCCAGGGCGAGAUGACGGGCCACGGUCACGCCGAGCCCACCGGCACCAGCUGCACACCUCACCACGGCCACUGGGACUGCCCGUCCGGCGUCCCGGAGCCUACGACGCAGCCCGCUCAGGACACCACGGCCCAGGGCGAGGACACGGACCACGACCAUGCCGAGCCCACCGGCACCAGCUGCACACCUCACCACGGCCACUGGGACUGCCCGUCCGGCGUCCCGGAGCCUACGACUCCGCCCGCUCAGGACGCCACGGCCCAGGGCGAGAAGACGGGCCACGGUCAUGCCGAGCCCACCGGCACCAGCUGCACGCCUCAUGGCGACCACUGGCACUGCCCGUCCGGCGUGUCUCGGCCUGCCACGCCGCCGGCCACGUUCGGCUCUCAGACGGCGUCCCGCAACAGCAGCAGCACCUUCGCCUCCCCUUCCGUCACCGCCUCUCCCGCCGCCGCCGCCGCCGGUGGCCGGCCCGCCGCUCCUUUCUUUGCCGCCGCCGCCUUCUUCGUCGGUGCCAUUAUUUUGUAG